CUUACACAGCGGCUAAGAUGGAAGCUCUACCGCACAUAUGUACAUCGGGCCACGAGAUUUGGAGAUCGCGUUGUCCUCUUAUUUGCUUUGACAUCGUCGAGCUACAUCUCCCGGAUCGUGUCAUGCGUCAAUUCGGUUUGGAGCAGGUAAUUCCGCAAGCCUGUGACACCCAACGUCAACUACAUGCGAUCGAUCGGAGGACUGGGGACAAGAACUACCUCGUACGACAUAGAUCGCAUGUAGAUGCGUGGAACGACCGAGCAUCUACAUUGGUUGGAGGAGAUAACUUCACAGGUCAUAGCUCUGCUAUGUACAUGAGUUGGUACAGGCGCAUCUCCAUAUUACGCCUAACGAACACCGCAUUUGCGCAGCCAGGAUCACAUUACCAUCCGACAUCUACGUUACUGGCUGAGCGCAUCCGAUCGGUGUUGAUACAAUGUAAUGACACGAUUCAAGGGGCCGCUACAUCGCCAGUUGACGUGGGCUAUCGGCUAUGUUCUCAGACCUUAGGCUCCAUUAAUGCGUCGUUGACCGAUGCAUUGAGUCAAGCGGGUUAUGAGUACCUCAUACCGACUCCACCCGUCAUUGGCGACGUAGAUGACACAUUCCACACUCCUUCUCCAAGGAGUUCAGCCCAUCGAGGUAGCUCUUCCGGAGGAUCCAGUUCUCGGUCCACAAGAGGCCGCCAGCGUUCAUCUACUCAGGGUCGGUCUUCCAGAUCGCCAUCGACAUCCGCUACUAUGUCGCCGUUCGUUCCCCCGUCUUCCAUCAACACUCCUCCGCCACAUCCAUCGCCUCCGCAAAGGAUUAUCACAUAUCAGCGUGCUAGUCAACGACGAGCUCCUACUCUUAAUGUCAUUGCGGAGGUUGACGAGUUCACACCAUCAUCAUCCACCGGUGCGCAAAACAAAAGGGGCCGGGGGUUGUAGUUUAACAAACUUUGUAUAUUGUUAUAUUAUUUUAACUUCUUGUAUAUUCUUGUAUGAUUUUAACUUUGUAUGUUCAUGAUUGUAAUAUAUCUUCGCAUUAUUUUCAUAAUUAAUUUUUUCAAAUCAA